CGCGGGCGCACGCGCGUAGCCGGCGGGAGCGCGCACCGGGAGCGGCGGCGGGGCCCGAGCGGGGUCCUCAGGAGAAAAUGGUGUAAGGCCGGCCAGCCAGCGCAGCUGCCACUUCCAGUCGUGCCCAGAGCUCAGGGAGGAACAUGGCAGCAGCUCAGGGAGCGGGAAGCAGUUCAGCCGGGCCAUCCGGACUCCCCAGUCCUGCCCCGGGGCACGGCAGCAACUCCACGGCAGUGGCGGUGUGGGAAUGGCAGGAUGAAUUUGGCAGGUGGAGGCCGUACCGAGGGAAUGUCUGCAGCUACAUUGAGCAGGUUAUUCAGGCCUCUCAGCAGAAGGGCCGGCGUUCGGGGUCGGGGCUCGUCAGCAGCAUCCCUUUGGGACGUGCGGAUCCCGUCCUGGCUCCCUACGUCAUCGACAUUCCAAGCCUGACGCAGUUCCGGCAGGAUACAGGGACGAUGCGGGCUGUCCGCAGGCACGUCUUCCCGGGGGACUCCGCCGCGGGGCAGGGCAUCGUCUGGGAAUGGCAGAACGACGAAGGCGGGUGGUCCCCGUACGAGAUGAACGUCUGCGUGUUCCUGGAGCAAGCCCGUGCCACCAACCACCAGCGAGUGGACCUGGGACCCUUGGGCUACAACUAUGAGGUUGACCUUGCGGCUCAAGUCCAGACCAACAAGACCACGCGGUUCCACCGCAGCGUCCGGAGGCGCUUGGACGCCCCGUACCCGGUGACGACCUCCCCGGCACCCCUUCACAUGGGGGUGGGUUGUUCUUGCCAGCAGUGCUGGCCCAACAGUGGAACUGGUCCCAUCACCACACGCUACCGCCACUCCAUGGUAAACUUUCCCAACUCUUCCGCUGCUCAUCAGGUUCCCGGUAGGACAGCGUCAGUAAGUUCUUCCAGCGUCGGCUUCGUGCCCUAUAACAAACCGACUUUGACUGGAGCGAGGUCAACACCAAGGCUCAAUGCACAGAGCACCUUGGCUUUGCAGCAAGCUGGGGGCCCCAGCACAGGACUGCCUGCAUCUAACGGAGUCAGUGCCCCAAACCUGCUCGUCAAGAUGCCCAAACCCAGUAAGCUGAACCAGGCCCUGGCAGGCAUGACGGCUAUUCUGAUGUCAGCCGCCGGACUCCCCGUGCACCUCACCCGUGUGCCGCAAGCUGCCAGCACCCAUAGAGCCACUAAAAAACACAGCUCAGUUAAGGAGGGGAGGAAAGUGUCCAAGAAAGGUGGACUCAUAACAUCACUUGCACAAAUGUUUCCUCUCUCAGGCUGGUGGAAGAGCCUGGCAGCCCCCGUGACAGGCCUGAUGACGGCCACACCAACAGAGCCAGAAGCAGUAGUGAAGAAGUACCUGGAAGAGCUGAAGGGCACUCCUGCUGAUGAGGACUGCAUCAUCUGCAUGGAGAAGCUCUCCUCCCCCUCUGGCUACAGUGACAUGUGUGAGUCCAGCACCAUCAGGCCAGAGGCUGUUGGUCGCCUGACAAGCUGCCAGCACUCCUUCCACAUGCUCUGCAUGCUGGCCAUGUACUCCAACGGGAACAAGGAUGGCAGCUUGCAGUGUCCCUCCUGUAAAACCAUCUACGGGGAGAAAACUGGGACCCAGCCCAAAGGGAAGAUGGAAGUCUCCACUUUCCCCCAGUCCCUCCCUGGCCACAAGGACUGUGGGACAAUCCAGAUUGUGUAUCACAUCAGCAGAGGCAUCCAGGGCCCUGAGCACCCCAACCCUGGGAUGCCAUACACGGCCAGAGGCUUUCCUCGCUAUUGCUACCUACCAGACAACGAGAAGGGCAGAAAGGUUCUGGAGCUCCUGAAGGUGGCCUGGAAGAGGCGCCUGAUUUUCACAGUGGGCACCUCCAACACCACCGGCGAGAGCAACACGGUGGUGUGGAACGAGAUCCACCACAAGACCGAGAUGGACUCAAACCUGAGCGGCCACGGCUACCCCGACCCCAACUACCUGGACAAUGUGCUGGCAGAGCUGGCUGCCCAGGGGGUCACUGAGGACUGCUUGGGACAGUGAGCCGUGGGGGCCGGGCUGUGCCGUGCACACCUCGGGGGCCCACCUAGUGCACUUAUUCCUGAUGCCUUAAAGUUCCUGUGUCUGACCACCCGGCACACUGAGCAAUAACAGUUCCGUGGGAGCCCCACCUGCUCUUCACGUUUUUGGGGGAAGGGAAGGAUAUUUUUGUAGAAGCUGCACUUGUGUCUCUGGGUGGGAUUGAUGGCCAUGGCCGGGAGCAGCUGGGACAGCAGUCCUGAGGUGACAGGUCCCCUGGGGAAGGCAGGACCUUCCUCUGGUAAUACUUGGGGACAGGGUGGGGAGAUGGGAGUGCCUUUCUCCCACUAAACCACCUGGAAAACAAAUGAGGGCCUCCCUCUGGUGAACAGCAGCUCCCUGAGGCACCUCUUGCCUCCCUCCUGCCCUGUAUCUCUGCUCAGUCCCAAUAAACUCUUCAUUUCCACAGCCA